AUGUUUCCAUCUGUAAUUCGGUAUUUUCGUUACUCAAUAAAAGACUUAUCAAACAAAACCGGAUUUGGACCUUAUCGAUUGCAUAGAAAAAAUACACAUUUUGUUGGAACAGAACCUAGUCCUUUAAAAUAUCAUGUUAUUCCAGAUAAAGCACCAGAACAACCAUAUGGUUUACAAGGAAAUAGUUACUUAAAUCCAGAUAAAGGAAAAAUUCAUUCAAAACUUCCUACAAGAGUAUUUUUAAAAAAAGAUAAAGUAUACUCAUGGUGUAAUUGUGGGUACAGUGGAAGUCAACCAUUGUGUGAUGGUAGUCAUAAAAGUGUUCGCACUCCAAAAAAAAAUCUAAAACCAGUUAGAUAUGUACCUGAUAAAGAUAUGGAAGUUUGGUUAUGUAAUUGUAAACAAACUAAAAACCGUCCAUUCUGUGAUGGAACUCAUCAAAAUAUUAAGGAUGAAAAAGAUUUAGAUUUGUUAUUCGAUUAA